AAGGAAUUUAAGUUUAAAAUGGAAAAGGACUCAGAAAUACGUUCAUUGUCAUCGGCAGGUUCGUCUUCGACUACAACAAAUGAGGGUCAUGAAACAGAUCAUCAGUUAGGAAAUCAUAUCAUUCUUUAUGUGCUGACAGGCCUUCUGUGUGGGCAAGUGAUUAAGCAUAUAACUAAUAAGAUCAAGCUACCCUAUACACCAUUACUUGCUUUGUUUGGACUCAUCAUCGGGUUUGCAUACGAAGAGUUAGGACACUGGGGUGAUGGAGCAGAUCUGAUAUCUUCAAUAGAUCCGCACACAUUCUUCUUAAUCUUCCUUCCUCCUUUAAUCUUUGAGUCAGCGUUUUCAAUUGACUGGCAUAUAAUUAAGACUGAGAUAGUACAAAUUUUGAUACUGGCAGGACCAUGCUUGCUGGUUAAUGCUUUUUUGACUGCCCUCGCUAUGAGAUUUAUUCUUCAGUAUGAUGACGAGUUCACAUGGGAAGCAGCUAUCAUGUUUGGAGCACUCAUCUCAGCUACAGAUCCAGUUGCUGUAGUCUCCCUUCUCAAAGAACUUGGUGCCUCCAGAACUCUCUCUACCAUGAUUGAAGGCGAAAGUCUUAUUAAUGAUGGUACAGCCUUUGUUAUGUUCUCGGUUACGCUUGAGCUAGUCAAAGGAAAAAGUUUUGAUGCUGGAGAAAUUGCUUUGGACUUUGUAAGGCUUUCAUUUGGAGGCCCUCUUCUUGGAAUUGUUUUUGGAUUCAUUAUUUCUUUAUGGUUAAAAAGGAUCCUGAAUAAUUCCAUUCUGGAAACAAAUCUUACUAUUGUUGGAGCAUACAUGGUGUUUUAUGUUGCAGAGAGCUGGGAACUAGAGGUAUCAGGUAUCUUAGCUCUUGUAGGUCUCGGACUUUAUAUGACCAAGGUUGGAAAGACAAGAAUCAGCCAUCAAUCUGAGGAAACCCUCCAUCAUAUUUGGGGUUACUUAGGAUUUGCAUGAGAGACUUUGGUAUUUAUGAUUGCAGGAACUAUAAUUGCUUUAAAGGUUUUUGAAGGAGAAUCAGAGAUUGGAUGGGAUGAUUGGCUUAGGCUCCCUGCUCUCUAUAUCAUUUUACACGUCAUACGAUUGGGUAUGAUCUUUUUAUUAAGAUGGCCACUGAACAAGAUAGGAUAUGGGCUUAGUUGGGCUCAAGCAGUAGUCCUUGGGUACUCAGGACUUCGAGGAGCAGUUUCAUUAGUACUUUCCUUAAUCGUCUUCCUUGAUUCAGGCGUGAGUGACUACAUUAAAGAUAUUGUUAUCUUCCAUACUGCUGGGAUCGCUAUCUUGACCCUAGUAAUAAAUGGAACGACGAUGGGAUUCGUUAUUAGGAAACUAGGAUUGAUGAGAAUCAGUGAAGUAAAAAAGAAGAUGCUCAAAAAUAUUGUGAAAGCAUACAGAAAAGAGGUUGGAGAAGUCAUAGAGAAGAUGCAAGAAAACGAAAAUUACAAGAAAAUUGAUUGGGAAAUUCUCAAAAAGAUGGCAAAAGCUGAUGAAAUUAAGAAGAAAAUAUUCAAAAAGCGUUCAAUUAAAAAGGAAGAGACAGAUAUGAUUGCUUCUGCUCAAUUAAGAAACAAUGACCUUAUGAUUGAUAAGGCAGAGUACUCUUUUGAAGAACUAUACCAAGAAGCAAAGCACAGAUACCUAACAACACUCAAAGGUAUCUACUGGGAUUACUUUGAAGAAGGGCAAUGUUCUGCCAGAACCUGCCUGCUACUUAUCGAAAGUGCAGAUAGAGGCAUUGACCAUAGUGAGGAUACUUUGAAAGACUUUUCCUUCAUUAAGGGAUAUUUCAACAACAGUUGGUGGAUGAGAUUCAUCAUAAAGUUUAAAAAGGUAUGGCUCAUCAACCAUUUUGUGAAGAACCAUUUGUACAACAACAUAUCUUUUAUCUACGAUGUGACUGUAAAUUAUGUCGAAGGCCAUGAGGAUUGUUUAAAUAUGAUCCGCGAGAUUGUUCACAAUGAAGAUAUCUUAGACAAGCUAAGUGAAGAGAUCCAUCGAGAACAUAAGCACGCUGUGAAUAUGCUACAUAAUGAUCUCGAAGAAAAUUUUCCAGAAGUAAUUAAAGCUGUACAACACAAAAGAGGAGGAUUUUUCUUAAUCAACAAGAUGAGAGAGUUUGUCAAUGAGAUGAUUGAGCAUGGACAAAUUGAUUUCAAAGAAGCUAAACUCUUUUUGCAUGAGCUUGACAAAUCUAAUAGAAGCCUCGAGCUGAAUCGAUUAAAGAUUGAUUUUGAAGAAGCAGACCACGAUUUCAUGGAACAUUGAGAGAUAGCAACUCUGUUCAAGAAAGAAGAUCUGGAAAAUCUCUGCCAUAGUUUUAAGGAGCAAACCUAUAAUAAGAACGAUGUUAUUAUCAGAAAGGAUGAAAUGGUUAAAAAUUUAUACUAUGUUUCAAGAGGUAUUGUUGCUGAGAAGAAUGGCGCGGUUGAUGACCCUGACGCUCCCAAGAUUAAGAACAAACCAGGAGACCUUAUAGGACUCCAGUUUUUGAAAAAGGACGAAGGCAGAUCGUUCACAAACUGAUAUGCAAAGACAGUUUGUACUAUUAGGUACUUUCCGAUUUCCUCCUUCCGAGAGAUGAUUUCUGAUCAGGAACAGGAAAGAAAACUUUGGGGUUAUAUCGGACCUUCUAUUAUUAAUUUGAAUCCUGACAAAUUCGAGAGACUGCAAGAUUUCAAUGGUUACCAGCUGAAAGUUCUGCUCAAAAACUCUGAGUACAAAUCCUAUGAGAAAGGAAAAAUUUUGACAUUCGAAAACGGAGGAAUCCUUUUCGAAGGAUGGGUAGAAGAAGUCAAUGAAGAUGAUAAAGGAGAUGACCAAGAAAGCAUACUAAGCGAGAGUGAGAAGGGAUUUGGCAAUAGGCACAAGCCCAAGGUUAAAAGCUACAAGUUCAUCUAUCCCACUAUAUCAAAGUACAAAGCAAAAGAACAUGUUUGAUGCUUUGAAUUUCCAAAAUCUUUGAAAGAAUCAUGGCUCUCCUUUGAUCCAAAAGUUCUCUUUGAAAAUUUUAGAGAUCUUCCUGGAGCACUAAAUACUUUAACAAAGCGGACACUGAGACAAAGAACUAUUAGAAAUAAACAGAAAACUCAUUUUCUUGGAGUUGCGAAAGAUCUAACACAUAAAGACAGAGUAGAGACAAUAAGAAAAUAAGAGCAUGGCAGACCUCGAAAACGAAAAAGAAGAUGAAAAAGAAAACAUCGAGAAUGCUCAGACAAAAUUAGAUUUUGCAAAGGAAAUAGACAGCACUGAGAGAUCUAUUAUUCCAAAAGGAUUCAGCAAGGCCCACUUCAGGCCUCCUAUAAAGGUAGAUACAUUGAUGGAAGAUCCAACUUCUGAAUGGCCAAAAACUAGAGAAGUUCCUAAGGAGGAUUCUAAAGAAGAAUCUAAGGACUCUGGAUCGAAGAGAAUGAAAACAAAUACUCCUCCUGAAAAGAAAGACAACGUAGUCCACCCAAUAGUAGAGCCUUUGCCACAUGGUUCAGAUGUUCCCAUUGAAGACUCGCAUGAGCAGCUACGUCCAGAGGAGAAAACAUAGGAGAAAGGAAUUGUUAAAGCGAACUUUUCACAUAAUGGUUUCA